GCUGAGGAGGGGCCUGCCUGUCUGCAGCCUGCUGGGGAGCAACCACCACCUUGCACAGCCGUGCUCCCCUGCAGCUGUGUAAACCCCCACUUUUUAUCUGAACAGACUUGCAGAGCUGUGUGUGAGCCGUGGGAGGUCACCCCAAAGCCGUGGUUCUGGUGGCUCUCCCUGUAGGUGGAUGUAGGAUUUGUGCCGCUGUCGGUGUCCCUGGAAGGGCUUCAUGCCUUCAGCUGAGUCAGUCUGAGCAGCACUGACCUCGGGAUUCCCAAAGGACAUUGCUGGAGCGAGGGAUCCUGGUGACAAUGUCCUGCUGCCCCAGGCCCUGGCACUCCUUGGGGUGGCACUGGGAUGUCACCAGCAGCACUUUGAUAUGCCUUGAGAGCUUCAGAGAAGAGAUGGUCCCCAGAGAUGCUUAUCCCAAACCACUCAGUGAAGGAGAAGCUACGCCUGGACCCUGACAGUGAAAUCGCCACCACCGGGGUCCGAGUGUCCCUCAUCUGUCCGCUGGUGAAGAUGCGCCUGUCGGUGCCGUGCCGGGCCGAGACCUGUGCACACCUGCAGUGCUUUGAUGCCGUCUUCUACCUACAGAUGAAUGAGAAAAAGCCCACAUGGAUGUGCCCUGUGUGUGACAAACCUGCCCCCUACGACCAGCUCAUCAUUGAUGGGCUCCUGUCCAAGAUCCUGACAGAAUGUGAGGAUGCAGAUGAGAUCGAGUACCUGGUGGAUGGCUCCUGGUGCCCCAUCCGAGCCGAGAAGGAGCGGAGCUGCAGCCCCCAGUGUCCCAUCCUGGUUCUAG